AUGGAUUCCAUGGAUACUCGUACCUACCAAUUGCAAUUAAUCAAGCAAUUGAAAAAUGCUUUACAAGCCUUGUCAGUUGAAAAUCAAGAAUUUAAAAACGGCUUGAUUGGUGACAAUAUUAGUGGUGAAAAUAUUAAUAUAGACAUAUAUAACGAUGAUGAGUUAGUGAAAUUUUCUCAAAAAUUUAUUGAUUUUACAUAUAACAAUCCAACAACAUAUCAUGUUAUUGAUUAUGCUUCGCAGGUUUUGAAAGAAAAUGGGUUUAUUUAUUUAUCAGAAAAGGAAAAUUGGAAUGAUAAGAUUAAUGUUGGUAAAUAUUUUACAAUAAGAAACGGUACAAGUUUAGUGGCAUUUAUUAUUGGUAAAGACUGGGAAGAAACUAGAGGUGUCGGUGCUAUCGGAUGUCAUGUAGAUGCUUUAGCUGCCAAAUUGAAACCAGCUUCUAUUAAGGAAAGUGUGGAAGGCUAUGAAUUAUUAGGAGUAGCACCUUAUGGUGGUACAUUGAAUCAUUUAUGGUUUGAUAGAGAUCUUGGUGUUGGGGGGUGUGUUUUAUUCAAAAAUGAAAAGGAUAAUAAGAUCAAAAGUAUUCUUAUAAAUUCAACGCCAUCUCCUAUUGCCAAAAUUCCUUCUUUAGCACCCCAUUUUGGCAAAUCUGCAGAAGGUCCAUUUGAUAAAGAAGAUCAAGCAGUUCCUGUUAUUGGAUUCCACUAUUUGGAAAAGGAAGACGAUAUCCAAAUAUCAGAAGAGGAAUCUAAAUGUCCUUUAAUUGGCAAGCAUUCGAUUCAUCUAUUAAGAUAUAUUGCAAAGAUCGCUGGCAUUAAGGUUUCUCAAAUUGUUCAAUUGGAUUUAGACUUAUUUGAUGUUCAAAAAGGUAGUUUAGGAGGAUUAAACAAUGAGUUCCUAUUUGCACCAAGACUUGAUGACAGACUAUGUAGUUUUGCAGCCUUGUGGGCAUUAGUUUUGCUUUCAAAAACGGUUACUAUAGAUAGUUCAGACAAUUUCACUCUCCUUGGAUUAUUUGAUAAUGAAGAAGUUGGAUCAUUAACCCGUCAGGGUGCAAAGGGGUGGUUAAUGGAAUCUGCAAUUGAAAAGGUUGCUUCAGCAAGAUUUGGAACCAAAUUCAACAACCUUCGUACUGUUUUUGCUAAUUCUAUUAUUUUGUCAGCGGAUGUUAAUCAUCUAUUCAAUCCUAAUUUUAAGGAAGUUUAUAUGAAAAACCAUUCACCUAAACCUAAUGUUGGUGUGGCUAUUUCAUUAGACCCAAAUGCUCAUAUGGCCACUGAUGUAGUUGGGCUUGCAUUCGUUGAAGAAUUAGCAAGAAAGAAUGGAGAUAAAAUGCAGUAUUUUCAAAUCAAGAAUAAUUCCAGAUCUGGUGGUACUAUUGGGCCUUCCAUUGCAUCACAAACAGGUGCUCGUACAAUUGAUUUGGGUAUUCCUCAAUUAGCGAUGCACAGUAUUCGUGCCACUACUGGUUCUAAGGAUGUCGGUUUGGGUAUAAGGUUUUUUAAAGGUUUCUAUAAUAAUUGGAGAGAUGUAUAUGAUAAUUAUGGAGACUUAUAA